AUGGCCACAAGGAUGCUCCACAUGGCUCAGUUCCUGAGGAGGAAGGGCCCCAUUGCGAGCAAGGAGCAGUUUGUUGCCUGUGCCAGGCAAAUGGUUUCCGAUGGGCAGGUGGUUGUUAAGUUUGGGAACAUCCUUGCCAAGCACUGCCUGGACCAGAGAUGCUCCAUGGAGCUGCUCCGUGCCACUGAGCACAUCCAAUCCAUCAGCAGCCAGCUCGGCAUCGUGGCCAGGGUGAAAGCAGUGACUGGGGAGAGCAGGGCCUCCUCUGAGCUGCUGCUCAGCAACGUGCAGAACCUCAUUCAAGCAGUCCAGCAUGUCCUGAGGGCGGCCGAGGCGGCGUGUGUCAAAGGUUUGGGACAACCCCCAGCAGACCCCGAAGAAGAAGAAGUUGCUUCUUUCUGCCAGCAGUGGAGGAAAAACCUGACACAGCACAGAGCCAAGGAGGCUUUAAAUUCCGACCGGGAUGAAUUAGGGCUCCGGAAAACUCGAGGGGCAAAGGCUGAGCCCACCCUGAUGUCUGUGGUGCAAGAGCAACCCCCUCGGAGCAGGAAUAUCCCAAAGCAUCCCAAUCCUAGGAAAGGACAUACAGUUAUGGACAGACAUCUGUAAAUCCAGAGGGGCUCCUUGUCCCAGUGCCGUUGGAAGCAGAGGAGGAAUACUUUCAGUGUGAAGGAUUCAUGCUGGAGUUUUUCAUUGUGGCAGGAAAAUCUUGGAACAGGCUCCGUGGGGAGGCCAGGAAUCUUCUGGUGAGUGUUUUAUCCCCAGGUGGUGAGAUGGGAUGGAUGGGGCUCUGGAGAAUCCUGAUCCAGUGGGAGGUGUCAGAGGUAUCCCUGCCCAUGGCAGGGGGUGCAAUGGGAUGAGUUUAAGGUCCCUUCCCACCCAAACUAUUCCAUGAUUCUGUGAUCCAGAGAUGCUCAGGCUUUGUGCCAUCUUUCAGCCUUUCCUCCGUCACAUAUCCAGGGAUACAGCAGUGGGGAGUCUUUUGUCUUACCUGCUGCCCCUGAGCCUGCAGAUUUCUUCCCAAAAUCCCACUCAGCACCAGGAUUCUCUUCUAUCCAGAGUAAACAUUCAAUCCCCAAGAUCACCUACCUCACUUCCAGAGUGUCCUAGAGUGGUGACACUGCUGCUCCUCUGUCCUGGCUCUCCACAUCCAUCCUUCCCAGCCUCAGGAUCAUGAGCUGUCCGAUGGAAACACUGUUCCAUGCUGGAAUUCUGCAGGAGAGGUGGAAGGGAGCCUCCCCUGUGGAAUACACAAUCCAACACCACAGCAGAUCACAACUGGCUCCAUGGUGGCUGCAGCCCAUUCCAGCCCACCUUGGUGUCCCACCUGCAUCCCAACCACCUUCCCCAAACCAGGAAUUCCAUUACGUGCAUGGCAGGAAGGAGUCUCCUCCGUAUUCCAAGAAAAAGCAGCAGCAGGCACACUGCAGAGUCUGGGAAGCUAUCUGCAAUGGAUAAAGCAGGGGAGGGAGGGAGAAAGGCAGGAAGGAAAUACACAUGGAGACAAGAGGCUGUGAGGACUCACAGGCCUUUGUAUCCAUGCCCUAUUUCCACACUAUUUUUCCCUGCUGGCUUGGUUUUUUGAGGAAAACCUUGACCAGCCACACCAGUGAGUAGAUGAAGAAAUAACAGACUACUAAUAAAGCACUAAUGGGUUACUCCAAAAUAACAACCCAAUUCCAUGUCUAUUCUCUACUUUUGCUACACAAAAAAAACAAAACAAAAAAAAAAUUAAUGGAAUUCCUGCUCUGGCAAAUCAGGAAGGCAAACUGAAACCACGAAUGCCUUCAGAGAUGCCUCCUCUGCUGUGCAGGAAUCACAGGCUUCCCUUGGCUCAUCCAUGCAAGGCAAAACCUCAGAAUUCGGGAAAAACACUCUGCUGUCCCAGUGGAAACACCACUUGGCCAAAAAACAAAAGGAAAAGGUCCAUGACCAUCACUUGGCCAAGGGAAAAACAAGAGGAAAAGGUCCACCAAGGAAGAGACUCAAAGCAGAGAAACCUUCCAAAAGAAUGGGAAGCAGAUGAUUGAUUGAGCAGCCACCACAUUGUUAUUGGAAAAGCAGCUGGCUAGGAAUGACUGCACUUCCUCUGGACAAAAAGCAGCCCCAGGAGGUCUGGAGGACAGUUGUGCUCUCCCAUGCAAAACCUGGGGAAUUCAAGGCAUGCAGGAUGUUCCAUGAU